AUGAAUCAAGAAAUUUUAAAUGUGCGACCGAAAACAUUGCAGCAUGGAAGAAGCAAGAAGGAGAAAGAGAAAGUAAAAAAAGCAGAAGCUCUGUUUGUUCAGCAGGAACAAGCGACAACCGCUUUCCCUAACGCGCCCUCAAACGAAAAGGGAAAUUUGCGCUUCCACCAAAUGAUAACAACAAGUCAAAAUUUAGUAGUUAAGAAAGUUUGUUCUAGUGACAAAGAAAGCUUUGGCUUGUAUCAUUGA